AAGCCUUUUUAAUCGAACAGAACUUCUUAUUGGUCGCCAUUAGAUCGUUUUUACGGGGGUUUUAGUGUAUAUAAGAAAAUUUUUUACUUUUUAAAUAAUAUGGACCGACGGGCUUUAGCGCAAAGAAAUAGAAAACCGCAAGGAAACAAUGUCACACCUGAUAUGGCAUUGCAUGCGGUCCACAAGGAAAAUGUGCAAAAGUCUAAUGCCCCUCUGGAAAAAACAUUGAAAGAAAGUAGCAACAGUACAGGUCCGGGUAUUGCUAAAGGCGAAUGUACCACUUGUCUGAAGGCAGCAAUAUGUGUGUGCCAGCGAUGUGGUGAUUUUUACUGCUCACCGGAGUGUCAACGGAAGGAUUGGCCAAGACAUCGUUACAUAUGCUUUCCCGUUCCGCCUUUGGUGCAUCCGUUAAUGACUGCGUCUACCGAUGCAUUGUAUCCCGUUAACAAUCCAUUGCUGACCGUAAACCAAAUUCCCAAUGUUCCAUUAGGGAGUCAGCAAAAUGUACUCUAUGAAAUGUUCAAUUUAAAUUUGGGCAUGAAUAAUCUUCAAUUUCAACAGAAUUGGCAAAAUCAAAAUCGCAUUAUGAAUGGACUCCAACAACACCCAUACCAACAGCAUGGGCAGAGCAAUAGUAAGGUUUCACCGCAGAAUGCCAAUAAAGUGCAGAAAUCCAAAGAGCCUACUGCCACUGUACCAGUAGCUGAGUUGCCCAAGACCAACAGCCGCGUCAUAUUGACUGGUUUACGUACGCCAAAUCGUUGCUACAUACGCGCUCUGAGUUCAGAAGAAGACGAUGACUACCUAUUGAAUGCACGCAAAAUCGAUAGUUACGGCAAGAACGCAGCGCCGCUUAGUAAAAUACCCAAAGCGCUCAGUUAUGCCAUAGCGCCACUUCAGGGCAUCAUGUACCGGGUGCAGGUGCAAAUAGUACGUAACCCCGACAACAUUCGCGUGCUUUUCAUCGACCGCGGUAUACUUGCCACGCGGCGUCUGAGCGAAUUGCGCGAAAUUAACGACGAAAUUCUAUCACUGAAACAACAUACAUGCCUGAUACCGUUACGCAAUGUUUCCAAUUAUGUACUGAAUGAAAAAUUAGCGAAACAAUUUAAUUCAUUCGAAAAUUUAGAAUUUCAAAUCAAAUAUGAUCGCGUGGAAGAUGGUGUAGAACUUUUAUAUUGGCAAACAGGAAAAUCACUAAAUGACGAAAUUGAGCAAUUGUGCAAAGUGGAGGGUGCUCAAGUUUGGGCAGAUUCUAUGCGCUCGAAACAAGAAAACGAGAAAAAGAAUAAGAAGAAUGAAAAGAAUGCAAAUUCCGAAGAAACGAAAAACAAAAAAUGUGAACCCCAAAAUUCAGUUGGCAAGGUCGUAAGUGCGGCUAGUGAACACGACGAUCAAUUUUAUGCCACAAAUGCAAGUACACAAAACUCCACUGUGAAUUCGCAGACAAGCAUGGGACAGGAACAGUCAAAGCAGCCGAAAAAUGAUGUAAGGGAGCAGAACAAGGAGGAAGAAGUAAAUGCGAAAGUUAAAGUUGUAAAAACCGUGGAAAAACCAGAAGAACCUACGAUGAUUGCCCCAUUCCAGACGCACUAUUUCAAAGUAGGUUGUCCACCAUUCAAGGCCAUUGUACUCGAUGUUUCCUGCUUGGAAAUUGGAUAUAUUGGUUGUAUCGAUCAAAAUGAUUUGUCCUGCCUACAGACAGUUCAUCAGCAGCUGAGUUCAAUUGAUGUGUCUGACAAGCCGUAUGAGCCCAAAAUGGAUGAAUAUUGCAUUGCCAAGUUCGAGGAUAUGUGGUAUCGUGCCCAAGUAACUGACAUACCCGACAAGUCGCACUACACUGUGAUGUACAUUGAUUUUACAAAUGAAGCCACUUUGACUAGCGCCGAUAUACGUCAUUACCCGGCAGACGUGACGAAUGCGUGCAAAACUAAUUUAUGUUUAAUUGAUGGAUUGCCCUCCAACUUCAGUGAUGCACUCACAAAAUUUCUAAAUGAAGAAAUUAGUAUUCAAAGCUCCAUCACCAUCGAUAGCGUGAACAAGAUCGAUGAACAAGUCGUUAUUAUUGAAUGUAAGAGUCUACUAGAGAAAAUACGCAAAAAUAAUUUGCUUACUUAAAUUAAAAAAAACAAAAACAAAAAACGCAAUCGCUAAGUCGAUAUCAGCUCUGUGAGGCCUGAGUAAUAAUUUAAAAACAAAAAAAACGCUUAAGCCUUGCAGCAAAACUAAAACCACUCCGUUUGAAAUGAAAAUGACCAAAAAAAUCUAAACAGUUAUCAUUUAAAAUAUAUUCUUGUGGGAGCUACUAUAGUGUCUACCAGAUAAAAAGCUUCAGCAUGACUAAAAUUCAUGACAUGACUAAAAUGAAUUUCCUUCCUUCUGCCAGUCACCAGAUUUGGCAGCUGUUGCUGGAAGGAAUUUACACAGGCAGUCAAUACAAUUGAUUGCCAUAAUAAGUGAUUUUAUAUGAUGACUAACUCCAAGUUUUUGAAGCUGCCAAAGAUGUAACCACUUUGGACACACAUAUUCUGUUUAUUUCGCAUUGAUUGGAUAACUUCAUCAUUUAUGGAUGUUUAAUCCUAUUCAUAUUACAUGCGUAUAUCAUGACAUAUUAGACGCAGGACCUUUACAUAGAGGUCCGAGAAUUUUAUUUUGACCGAACGCCUGUUUUAAGUUCGUGUAAUCUUUUUAACAGCUAAACAAAUUCUCAUCUCUGUAAAACGAGAUAAUUGUCGACGUGAUUUUAAUAACAAAAUGUGGCUGAACCUCAGUUCUAGUUUGCUUUUUAUGAUUUCUGAUUUUUCUAUUUUCUGAUUUUUUUUUUACCCGGUAUUCCCUUUACCAUUAUCGGCUUUGUAAGCUGAAUUCGUAUUCGGCAAAUGAUUGGCGUAAACGUUAGAAUGUAUGCCACAAAAUAUUUAUAUCACUCUAUGAUAUUACAAAAACUACGUAUUUUGCAACAAUUACCCCAUAUUGACAAGUGUUCUUGUAAUGUUGUAAUGUCUAUUUUAAGUAUUAAUGAAUAUUACAAAUUCGAAAUGCAAUUGUAGCUGGCUCAUAAAAUUCUGCAUAGAUUCCUUAACUGACAAUACUAGUCAUUUCUAGCAGGUAGCAUGCACCAAUGUGUGUUCAUGGUGAAAAUAAUGUUUGUGUUGAAUAUGGUGAAAUUUAUUAUUAUACAAGAAAAAAAUCGUUGGACUCAAAUUAUUUUGUAUUGCGCUGCAUGUUUUUUACAUAAGGAUUACACUUUUUUCGUUUAAAUUUUCAAUACAGUUUUAUAUAUUAUUUUAAAUGCCUGUAUACCGGGUUGUAAAGAAAUCAUUGUAUGCCAGAAUGUAAACUUGAGUAUCAGUUUCAAUAAUGAAUAAUAAAAUUUGUGACUUAUUGGACUAUAUAAAAAGUGUUAAACAGUGUGUGACAUGAGAAUUUCCUCGUAUCGUCAAGUUCAUGCUUUCCCUUUUGUUCUUUUCCUCCCGAACAUGUAUGGUAGUGAGUAAUUCCAGUUAUUUUCUUGACCAUGGCAUAGGCGUAAUCAAGGCGAAUUCAUUAAAACAACAUUUUGUACUUUAGAAUGUCAUGUCAAAGUAGUAAACAUAGCAUGAAUUCGUCUUGUUUCAUUCUAAACAUGGCGAAAGAACAGAAAAAAAACAAUAAAUCUGCUAAUUUACCGAUACCUCUUAAGAAUGAUAGAAUAACGAUUGCGCCUUCCGAAUUCGCCGUGUCGUAAGAGCGGAUGAAUAAACAAGCAAAAGGAAGGGGAUUUACUUGUUUGGGAGGAAGAAGAGUAGGCGAAAGCAAUGGAAACAAUCAAACACAAGAAAUUAUACGCAUACACACACAUAUAUAUAUUUUCCUGCCACGGCGUCUUCCGCAUAAAAACGCAAACAAACAAUUUGAAGCCUUUGCAUUAAUUUGUGCUUUCACGAU